AUGCAACAAGGGGACAAACAGGAUGGAGAAACUGGUCGUACGUCACCUGAAGCUAUUCCUCUUAGUGUAGUGGCACUCGACAGUAUUGAACACCAUUAUGUCGCAGUAUUGAAAGAACUCGCAAUGGAGCCGAAUCUAGAGCCAUUUAAGGAAGAGUAUGAAAAAAUUCAUCGUCUCCUGCGUAAGAGCAAUGAUGGAGAGAAACGUUUACUGCAAAAGAUCAAAGAACUUCAGCAAGAUUUAACAAGUCAUGGUGCUAAAGUUGAAGCUGCGCUAAAGCUUUCGCAUGAGGAUGAAGAAGUUAUAGCUGCACUACGUAAAGAAAUUGAGAAGGCAUGGGCUCUAGCUGACAGUGCCCAUGCACAUGAGAAAGAAAGCCGUGAGCACAUCCAGGUACUUCGAAAACAAGUCUCUGAACUAGAUGCUCUAGUAGACAAGAGCAUGCGAAAUACGAUGGGACAAGAGGCGUACCUUCGUGAUUUGAUCAUGUCCAAAAAGGAUCUAGAGAAUGAGCGUGUGGUGGCGCAGGGAAAAGUGGCUCGUCUACUGGAUGAGCGUGAUGCGUCGCGGAAUAGUCUGGAGAAGACGCAGAAGGAGAACGAAGACACACGCCGGCAGCUGGAGGAGGGUCUCUUGCAGUACCAGAAGCUCCUGCGGGACCUUGCCGGGAUGCAGCAGGAGCGGGAGAGCCUCGAGCAGCAGGUGCGGGAGUGCCGGGCAGCAAGUGACCAGCACAUGGCCGCGAUGGAGGAGCGGAAGGCCACGACGGAGCAACUCGCGGUGGAGGAGGGGCGGCUCAAAACCGUCGCGCUGGAGGAGCGGGACGCGGUGGGGCGCCUUGCGAAGAAACUGGAGGAGCAGCAGCGCCGCUUCAAGACAGAGGCGGACCGUCUCGCCACCAUAGAGGCGCAGAAUGCGGAGGUGAAGGUGGAGAUUCCAAAGCUGAAGGCAACACUGAAGGAACGGAUGGUGGAAGUGGCUCGGCUGGCCGCGGAAAUGCGAAAGGUGCGUAAGAGUGCAGAGAACCAGCAGACAGAAAUGAAGAAGCAACUUCAGAUUCGUGAUACCUUAGUUCAAGAGAGUGAACAAUUACAUGAUCAAAUUGAGGAACGGUUACGUGCAUUAGGGGUAGAGGAGAAGGAACUACAUGCGGAAGAAUUACGUCUUAAACAGGCUAUUCCAGAGAAGACACAAUUACUUACAGACAAUUCCCGUACAGAGAAUGAACGUAUGGCAAUGGAAGGUCAUCGUGUAGCGGAAGAGGGUAAACGACAUAAUCUAGCACAACAAUUAGACCAACUUCUACGUGAUAAUGAACAAUUACGCAAAAAUAUUUUUCUUCUAGAACAAGGUCAGACUAAAGUACUUGAUCAUGGACAGCAUGUAGCACUUCAAUAUCACCAAACACUUGAACAAACCCGAAAACAACGAGAUCGAGCUCAAUUACUGCAGCAACAACUGACAGAAAAUGAGAAACGUCUUAAAGCGCAGCAAGAUUUACUAGACCGUGUUUGUACAGACCGUAGUCGCACACAAAAACAACUAAAAGAAAGUGAACUUGAAUGGGCUGGACUAAAACAACGGUAUCAAUCUAAUGAAGAAGAUAUCCAAUUGCUAAAAAUGCAACUUGUUUCAAAGGAAGGAUCUCUUUGUCGUAUGCAUAUGGUACGUAGACAACUUCAACGUGAUAUUAGUAAUGCAGAACAGCGGGCUAGUCAUUUAAAAGAUGAUGGAGCUAAUGCUACGUCCCGUCGAGAAGCAUUAGAAGCUGAAGCCCAGCAACUUAAUCACCUUAUUGCUGAAUGUGAUGCCGAAAAAAGUAAAUAUCAAUCUAAAUUUACGGCCCUCGUUAAUGAGCGUAAUGUACUCGCAACACAGUUAAUACGCCGUAACGAAGAGCUUCGACUACUAUAUAGCAAAAUUCGUUUGCAAGAAUGUAGCCUUGAAAAAGGGGCCGCGGAUUAUGAUAAACGUGUGCGAACAGUAAUGGCUACGCAACAGGCAGUUGCAGAGCUGCGGUUACGGUGUCGUCUCGCCCUUGUACGUCUUCGCUAUGCAGCAAAAUUGCAGCGACGAAAACAAAACGUAGAGCGUGAUCUCUUUAUUGAACGUCAACGUUCUCGUGCGCUUGCGGAUGAGUUGCAGCGUCCUGUUCAUGUGCACCGAUGGCGUCGCAUGGAAGGCAAUGCACCGGAGGUAUUGGAUGGAAUUUACAAAGUACAAACACUUGAGCGGCAGAUCCUCGCGAAGCACGACGCACUCGCGGAGAAGACGCGAUUGUUAGCCAUUCGUACUGCCGAGUACGAGGCGGUUCGGCGUAAACUGGCCGCCCUACCGGGGCCGGAAGUGGCAGAGGAGUUGAGUCUCUACAACGAGAACCUCGAGCGUCGUCGAGCGCAGAUUGGUGGUAUGGAGAGUGAGUUACGUGAAGUGGAGCAGCACGCCGAUGUGAUUGCGGAUGAGGUAAAACAACUCACACUUGAGCUCGGAGAUGUUAAACGGCGUUACUUUGAUGCAAAGCAUAAGAAUGACUUACUGAGACGUGAACAGGCAGCGUUUCGUGCGACAUGGGGCGGUUCAUCCGCUGUUGCAAAUAUCGCUCUUGCUGCAGCUUCUGCACACCGACAACAAAAUCAACAAUCGGGUCAACAACAGCAACAAUAUCCGCAAAGUAGUAGUGGUGUAAAUAGCAGUGCUAGAAAUAAUCAACAAGGAGCUUGGACGCCUCACCGUGUUGGUGCACCGCGAACGUGUUUGUGGUACACACGAACACAACAACGGCGUGAGCAAAUCCGACAAGAGGCUCAAUUGGUACAGGCCCUUUCCACUGGUGCACCGGCGCCGAACUAUCCACUGCAGUUCCACCCGCGUCAGCGGCAGUUUGUGGGCGGCGGAUUCGCUCUCACACGCUAA